ACUACUUUGGAAUGGUACAGAGAAAAGGAAGCCCCGCAGUGUGUCAGCUGGUAUGAUGGAAGCCUGGGUGGUGAUCUUCUCUUCCAAGCUCGAGCGCAGUGUAUGAAUGUGAAUGCAAGAAAUUACAGGUGGUCUGAGUCCCGCAGCAAAGUGUGUCAGAUGUGUGACAGGGGUGUGGAUGAAACUGUCGUGCAUGUGAUACUGGUGUGUGGGAGGUACCGGAGAGAAAGGACGGAGAUGAUGAGGGUGGCACUGAGUGAGAUGGGCUGGCAUGUGAAUGGGAGGAUUGCAAGGACAGAGAGGGAAUGGAUGCUGCUGCUGCUGGGACUGAGUGAUGAAGCAAAUGAGAGAAUUAUAGAAGCCAUUAAGAGUUUUCUGGAAAAGAUGUGGUGUGCAAGAAAUAGGGAAUUGGAAGAUUUGUAAUGGAUACUGUUUGUGUUGUUUUAUUUUACAGGUUGUGCCGAUACGAAGGCCUGACUCUCCAACGGGUCACCUGUACAGCAAGAGCAAGAGCAAGGCGAGGAAGGUAAACAAGGCACGGGAAGACCCUCUGGCGGCGGUGGUCGACGCGUACCCUGAUAAGUCUGGCCAGCCUGACAGCCUCCAGCCCCUCCCCAGGGAUACACCUUAAUAGCCACGAGCACCCUGUACUGCCUUGGCGACAGAGGCCGCGGUGCCAUGGCCUGAGUAGCCCCUGAGACACUGGAGCAAAGGACGGCCGUACAAAUGGUUGAAUUGAUUCAUUGUUUAUUUCGAGAAAUCUGUGAUUGCUGACGUAAGAUUGAGUGACCCUCACGCACGAGAUCAUGGAUCAUGCUGGGGACUGUGAGAAGAAGACCCGUGCUCAAAGGAAGAGAAAAGCUGCUGCACUAUUGGAAAGUGAUGACGACUUGAAGGCAGAUGAUCCUCACACACCUCCUGAAGAUUUUGAAGAUGACACCUCAGAUGAACUUUAUAUACCUCCCAAAUGUUUUGAGCCUAUCAGUUCAGAUGACUCUGACUCUGAUAGUAAAAACAAUAUCAAGAAAUUAAAAACAGGCUUGGUUGAUACCAUAGAUGAAAGUGAAGACAGAUCAAGGUGCAAAGGAAGAUUUCCUUUGAAAAGAUCAAGAUUUAGAAGGAAACAUAUAAAACACAAGAAAAGCCACUUAUUAAGAGAAAAAAAAGAAAUUGAAAAAAGUGUUGAAAUACCAGUACUAAGAAAAAGAUGCCAAAAGCCUUCUGCAGGAGCAAAUUCCAUCAUUGGUUACUGGUACAUUGCUUCUGGCUUUACAAAGGACCUGACUGCUCUGUUCAAGGCUUUUAAUGAGCUGGAUAGCUGGAGAUUCAGUGCCUUUGCAUCCUGCUGGCAGAAGUUGAAGUUUUCCCUCAUAUACAGAGGACGUGAAAGUUUCAAAGAGCUGUUGGAGUUCACUGAAGAAAUUUGUUUCUGGACCAAGAAGUUUACGUCCCCGAUUCAUGACUCCAAGUGGAGAGUUGGGGCGCUCUAUACACUCUACAGCCUCUACCAUAAACACCCCCUGAAACAUACUUACAAGAUCAGGCUGGAGGUUGAUGAGUAUGAGCAUUUGGAAAAUCUUGCCAGAAGUUUUCAGAAUAGUGCAGAAAAUCCUGAUCCAGCUUACAUUUUCUACAAGUUGAAGGCUGAUGGAGUGUUGUAUUAUGUGGCCACAGCAGAUGAGAUGGGGCAUACCUUCUACUCGUCAGAGAGGCAGCAGGACGUCAUGAACUAUGAGGUGCAGUGGGUUCUUCGUGAGCACUCUGCCAACACCAUUUUUCCUGAGCAGGAUCGGAACAUUCAGAAGAUGCUCAUGGAAGAGUAUGAAAAUGUAAAAUCUCAGUUAUGGGGCAGUGGCAGUGGAAGUGAACCAGAACCAGACAGGGGAAUGUCAUAUCUGCAACCUGGCAUCAUGUUUGAAGUUGAUGCUAUCUUGGGUGGGCUGCAGGGCAGGCACGAUCCAGUGCUGCAGGAGGACGGCCAAGAUGCACCUCGUCCAACUCACAGUCAACCAGAAGAUCAAAACAUUGGUAAGAAGCGUCCUCACCAUCCUUGA